ACGUCCCGCCGCUUUGGAGGAACGACGCACUGCUUCUGGCGUAACCGCCGCUGGGUCCCUCGCUGCAUGUAUACCGUCAUUGGUGUCGCUCGUAUUGUCUGAACAGCGCGUUAAAAAUAUCAUGGACGGCAGAGGCUACGGAUCUGGUUACUCCAGUUGGGGAGGUGGCGGGUCAGGCAGCAGAGGUUCUGGUGGCUUUGACCUGUAUGGGGGAGGUUAUAAGGACUCAAUGUCUGGGCUCGGGGGCUACGGAGGAGGAGGAGGAGGAGGCGGCCACAUGAAGAGAGGUCUCUCUGGAGCAUCCCUGCUCUCAUCCACAGGCACACAUGCGGAUGCAGUCAUUGCCAAAAUUAACCAGCGUCUGGACAUGCUCACUCAGUUGGAGGGGGGUCUGAAAGGGUCUCGGGGUGACAGGUUUGACCAGUACGAGUCAUUCGACUCGCGCACCUCCGCUCUCACCUCCUCCCGAGAUCUCUACAGAUCUGGCGGCGGUAGCUAUGGUUAUGGCGAUGGCCGUGGGGACAAUCUGCUGUUGGGUCAGCGAGGAGGCUCGGGCUUCGGAGGGGGAAUGGGGCUAGGGGGAGGAGGAGGCUUUGACAGCCCCUCCUCUUCCUAUGGAGUCGCUAAAAUGCGACAGAAUAUGAGGGAGUCCUUCACCAGUGGCCAGGGAGGAGGUUCUGGAGGAGGAGGAGGAUGGGCUGGAGCAGGCCGACGUUCCCCCAGAAGGGGUGGAAGUGCCGGGGGUCGAGGAGCUGGAGGAGGGUUUGGAAGCCGCAGGUCUGAUCCCACUCCAUUAGGCGGUGGGAGGGGAGGUGGUAGUGGUGGCCAGUCCCACCAUGGCCACUCUCCAGGAGGUGGUAGAGGCAAGCUCCCAUCCCUCCUGUCCAACCGCAUGUACCCUGAGAGUGGGGGCUUCCAUCAGGGUUCCACUCAAGGGCCUCACGACUUUCCUGGGAGGCAUUUUGGAGGGGGCCCACGGGCUGGCCGCCAGCGAGGCCGCAAGAGACCCCUCAACAAACAGGUGAAGCCACAGCGUGAUGUCCAGAAGAAGAGAAAGCAGACACUUACUGCUGCUGAUGAGCCAGAGUCGAAGAUAAACAAGACGGAGAGUGCAGCUUCAGAGGCUACCCAAGAGCAAGCUGAGAAAAAUGGUGAUGACAGUGAACCAAAGACUGCAGUUGAGGAGACAAAACCUGCUGAAGAUGGAGAUAAAGCUGCAGCCAAACAGGACGAGAAGAAAAAGCCACAGGGCAAGCAGACCCCAGCCCAAGGACAGGAUAAGCACCCAAAAAUGAGAAAGAGAAGGGGCUUCCUGGAGAGGGUGAUGUUUGCGUGCUCUGUUUGCAAGUUCCGUUCGUUCUACAAGGAGGAAAUGGAAACUCAUCUUGAAAGUCGCUUCCACAAGGACCACUUUAAAUUCCUUUCCAGCCAACUGUCCAAGCCCACAACAGACUUCCUACAGGAGUACUUACAGAACAAGUUUAAGAAGACGGAGCAGAGGGUCAGCCAGUUGGAAAACCAUAGUGCUGCAAUCUGCCAAGUGUACAAAGAGCAGGACCUCACUAGGGAGCUUGGUAUGGAGCAUUUCAUGAGGAAGGUGGAAGCUGCUCACUGUGCAGCAUGUGACCUCUUUAUUCCCAUGCAGCCCCACCUGAUACAGAAACAUAUCAAGUCUCCUGACCAUAACUACAACCGCAAGGGUAUGAUGGAGCAGUCCAAGAGGGCCAGUCUGUCCGUCGCUCGUAGCAUCCUUAACCACAAACUCAUUGGCAAGAAGCUGGAGAGUUACCUCAAGGGUGAAAACCCGUUCACUGGAAACCAGGAUGACCAGGAUCCAGAGGACUCCAUGGUGAUGGACGUGUCAGAGAUGGAGUUAACCAGUGAGACGGCAGAUGGUCAGACAGAGGCGGCACCAGUCAAAGAUGAGCCGGUGGCGGAGGGAGAGACAGGCCAGGAAGCGGUUGAGGGGGAAGCAGCAGCAGAAGAGGAAAAGAUGGAGGAGGAGCCAGGAACGGAGAAAGAGGAGGAGCAGGGGAACCAGGAAGAGGAGGAAGGUUUUGAAGUUGGAGAAGAGGAGGAGGAGGGAUACGUGGUGCACGACGAGAUCGGCGAAGAAGGAUUACAGGGGGACCUGGAAGAGGAGGAGGAGGAGGAUGAAGGAGUGGAGGCAGCAGAAGUUGAGGAGGAAGACAAGACUCAAGAAUGACUUAUGCACCCUGGGUGUGACUUCUCCACCUAAACGUCUGUCUGGACCAUUCAUUGACCCCCAAUCUCCCAAUCAACCCAAUUUCAUUGCCAGGCAUAUUGAGAAAUAUACAUUAACUGCUCCCACCACUUUUUACUAUCUAAUGACUCUGAGCUUAUAUAAUGUUAUUUUUUUGUUAAAGGAAUAGUUCCACAUUUUUGAAAAUACUCUUAUUCACUUUCUUGCCAAGGGUUAGACGGUAAGAUUAUUUACACUACGUAACUUUCUUAUGUAUGCCAACCAACUGUCUUUAGAGGUGUUGGUGGACUUAAUUUUGGACCUUGGGAGAGCAAGGUUAGUAGAUUUCUCCCAUUUCUCAUUUGAACACUAAUCUAAUCACCUUGCCACUCUAGCUCCAAACUUAACGCAGACCAAGUUGUAUCAUCUUCUCACUUAACUCUCGGGGAAAAAAGUGAAUAAGUGUAUUUCCAAGAAUGUCAAACUACUCCUCUUAAUGCUUUUUCUUGUGCCUUUUUGUUAAAAAUAUUCUUAAUUUAGAUUAAUUUGUUUAGGAUUUGUUAAGAAGUCAUGACUAUUGUAAAGUUGAGAUAUUACAUUCUUUUUUUUUUUUUUUUCUUAUCAGAGUUGACACAACACCAAACCAUUCUGUCUAUUGCCAGUAAUUGUGAUGAAUGGAUGAUUUUUCCCAACGUUUUGGUAAAAUAUAGAACAGGUUAGGCUUUUUCUUCCGCAUCUGUGGUGACUGACGUAAAUGACUGUGGACUGUCUGUAGAAUAAGUAAGAGUAAGUAUGGGAUAUUCAGAAUGGGUACCAGGCAUGUCAUCAACAGUUUUGUUUCACUCUGAGUAAGAAAUAAACUUGUUGAAUAAAUCA